UCCGAUUGGCGGUCUGGCACCAGUCGGCAGUCCUACCGUCAAUGAGAAGAUGGCCGCUGGGCUCGGUGGAAGUGUCGCCAUUGUUUAGUGUUUAGUUGUUUUACCGUUUCUCGCAUAAUUUUGUCGGGAAGCACGUUAAAAAUGCCAAGCGCCUCGUUCACAUCAUCGCGCAAUUACGUGCGGAGAUCCCGGAGAAAAGGCGCGAACAGGAUUCCUCUGCCUUCGAGAACCACCUCGGCCGAGCCAUGCGACUUGCCAUGUUCAGCAUCAAAUCAGAUACCUCCUGGUGGUGGAGUUGGUGGUGGAGGAGGAGGAGGUGGAGGAGGUGGUGGAGGUGGGGGUGGAAGUGGUGGAAGAGGAUCUUCCCCCAGUGUAUCUGGUGUUGCCGCACCCUCACCAUCCCCGUCGCAUUCCCAUUCUUCACCGUACGACUUAAGGCGUAAAAGUCCACCUCACCCAGAUCCUGCUCCCGGUACCAGCUCUGCUUUACCCCCCUCGGGUGGCAGUAGUAUUGGUGCCACUCUUGGUUCUUCCUCCCUACCAGCAAGAAAACGUCCCAGGCGGACAUGUUCAUUAUCCACAGAUGGUACAAACACAAACACUGCAGCGCAUUACCUUCAGUAUGAGUUACCGGACGAAGUGCUGCUUACUAUAUUUAAUUAUCUAAUGGAGCAAGAUCUGUGUAGAGUUUCGCAAGUUUGCAAACGUUUUCAAGCGAUUGCAAACGACACUGAACUAUGGAAGUCCCUCUACCAGCAAGUUUACGAAUACGACUUACCACUGUUUAAUCCUGCACCUUGUAAAUUUGAAUUCGUAUCCCCGGACGAGUCAGAUUAUCCAAAUCCAUGGAAAGAGAGCUUUAGACAAUUAUACAGGGGGGUACACGUUAGGCCAGGAUUUCAAGGUUUGAAGUUCAAAGGACGAAAUUUGCCAUACUUUAAUACCGUUCAGGGAGCGUUAGAUUACGUAGACGAAUAUAGAAGCAAUAGCAGUUCCUCGUCAAAUAAUAGCACAACCACGAGUGGUCAAGGGAAUUGUUGUGGUAGCAAUUCUCAGUCAACAGAAGAAGCACCUCAACAUUUAGUUUUCUUACACGCUGGAAUCUAUAGAGGUGAAUUUCUGGUGAUCGACAGCGACGUCGCGUUAAUCGGUGCAGCACCUGGAAAUGUGGCGGAAUCUGUUAUAUUAGAACGAGAAAGUGAAUCUACAGUUAUGUUUGUAGAAGGAGCGAAACGAGCUUACGCUGGCCAUCUUACGUUAAAAUUUACACCCGACGUUACUAGUACAGUCCCGCACCAUAAACAUUAUUGUUUAGAAGUUGGUGAGAACUGCAGUCCCACCGUCGAUCAUUGUAUUAUUAGGAGUUCCAGCGUUGUCGGAGCAGCUGUUUGUGUAUCGGGCGUAGGAGCAAAUCCUGUGGUAAAGAAUUGUGACAUAUCGGAUUGCGAAAACGUUGGACUUUAUGUCACCGACUAUGCACAAGGAACUUACGAAGACAAUGAAAUCUCCAGAAACGCAUUAGCUGGAAUUUGGGUGAAGAAUUUUGCAAACCCGAUAAUGCGGAGGAAUCAUAUUCAUCACGGAAGAGAUGUUGGAAUAUUCACAUUUGAUAACGGCCUCGGAUAUUUCGAGGCUAACGAUAUUCAUAAUAAUCGAAUAGCAGGUUUCGAAGUAAAGGCUGGUGCUAAUCCAACGGUUGUACAUUGUGAAAUCCAUCAUGGUCAAACAGGCGGAAUUUACGUCCACGAAAACGGUUUAGGUCAAUUUAUUGACAACAAGAUUCACUCGAAUAAUUUUGCCGGCGUUUGGAUCACAUCUAAUUCAAAUCCGACAAUUCGUAGGAACGAAAUUUACAAUGGUCAUCAGGGAGGAGUAUAUAUAUUCGGAGAGGGAAGAGGCUUGAUAGAACAUAAUAAUAUUUAUGGUAAUGCUUUAGCCGGCAUACAAAUCAGAACGAAUUCAGAUCCUAUAGUUAGACAUAACAAAAUACAUCACGGCCAACAUGGUGGUAUAUACGUACAUGAAAAAGGUCAGGGUUUAAUCGAAGAGAACGAAGUAUAUGCCAACACUUUAGCAGGUGUUUGGAUAACCACAGGAUCGACACCAGUUUUAAGAAGGAAUCGUAUUCAUAGCGGUAAACAAGUCGGAGUUUAUUUUUAUGAUAAUGGACACGGUAAACUAGAAGACAAUGAUAUUUUCAAUCAUUUGUAUUCGGGAGUACAAAUAAGGACUGGAAGCAAUCCAGUGAUACGUGGAAAUAAAAUAUGGGGCGGACAAAACGGUGGCGUUCUUGUGUAUAAUAGCGGAUUAGGUUUACUUGAACAAAAUGAGAUUUUUGAUAACGCGAUGGCGGGAGUUUGGAUUAAAACUGAUAGUAACCCUACGUUAAAAAGAAACAAAAUUUUUGACGGGCGAGACGGUGGAAUUUGUAUAUUUAAUGGCGGAAAAGGCGUUUUGGAAGAAAAUGAUAUAUUUCGUAACGCUCAAGCGGGAGUGCUUAUUUCUACGCAAUCUCAUCCAGUCCUGAGGAGAAAUCGAAUUUUCGAUGGAUUGGCAGCCGGCGUUGAAAUAACAAACAACGCAACUGCUACGCUAGAAUUUAAUCAAAUUUUCAAUAAUAGAUUUGGUGGUCUAUGCUUAGCGAGCGGUGUUCAACCAACGACUAGAGGCAAUAAAAUAUUUAAUAACCAAGAUGCGGUCGAAAAAGCAGUUGGAAAUGGUCAAUGUUUAUACAAAAUUUCGUCGUACACCUCGUUCCCUAUGCACGAUUUCUAUCGCUGCCAGACAUGUAAUACGACAGACCGUAACGCAAUUUGUGUUAACUGUAUAAAAACCUGUCAUGCAGGACACGAUGUAGAAUUCAUCAGACACGAUCGAUUCUUUUGUGACUGUGGUGCUGGAACAUUAAGUAAUCAGUGUCAACUUCAGGGUGAACCUACACAAGAUACAGACACGUUGUAUGAUAGUGCAGCACCAAUGGAGUCGCAUACACUUAUGGUCAACUAGGAACUAACCUAAACUAAAUAAAACAAUCAAACGACAUUGAAACAGCCUAGUUUGUCCAGAACAUUGAAUCGCACGCAGUACGAAUAGUCAGUAAGGAAACUGGGCGGCCCAGACUUUCGAGCGACAGCGUGUAUGCGCAAUCAUUAUCAAUAUUUCUCAUGAAGUUUACAGGAGUUCACCUUUCGAGCAGCUCAAGUAAUUAUACGUUAAACAAUUAUUGUAAAGUACGCAGUUUUCUUAAAUGGUAUAUUGUUUGUCGAGCUUCCAUCGGGUGCAUCGUGUCGCUAUUCUUUCACCGUGAAUCACAUUCGAUUUUAUCGAACCGAUUAAGAUUCCAACGUGUAUCUAUUCACCGCAUUAUUUGUUAUAGAAAGUGCACAGUGUUUACAAGGUGGACGAGGCAUUGAUCGACAACGAGAAGACAUUUAAAUCUAUUACAAUGCUUGUAACGAAUAUCUGAUGGAAAACAUGCAGGAGCGUUAAAAAAUAAAAGUUGCAAGCUUUUGGUACUCGUUGUACUUAGCCGAACAAGUAAAAAAAAAGUCUUAACAAACAUAUGUAUUAAAAUUGUUAAGAGCCUGCGCGACGAAACAAACAUUUAGCCGUUCCAUACUCGUAUAGGUAUGUUUCAUAAAAUGUGGGCACAACUUCAAGAGCGAAUUUAGCGUAUAGAAGUAACAAGAGAAAUUCACGUAAGCGUUCGUCGUGUCUAAAGUCGUUUUCUAAUUACAGUAGUCGGAUUGCCACAGGAUAUUAAGCCUGCCUUGUGACUAGGGACACAAAUUAUAGCGGCAACAAAUAGAUAUAUUCGACGGUUUAAUAGAAUACUUGUUAUUUGGUAGAAUUUCUAAUGCCGAUGACAUUGUUCAAAAAUUUCCAAGUAUUAAGGUUCGUUUGUUGUAAGCUUUUUAACACGUUGGCUGGCUUGUGACAUGCCGGUGAACAAAUGGCAAACAUUGAAGUUACUAACAAUUAUCCAAGUUACAUUUCAUCAAAAUAUUCCGUCACUCAAUGUGUUAAUUGUAUCGCACUUACUCUCACUGUUAUCCGCGAAGUAAAACGAGUCUGAGAAAUAGUAAUAACAGCGAUCAAAUGUCCUUUAAAUUGUCACAGACUCGGAAUCAACCUGACGCCUAGGGUUCAUCGGAGUUUUACUGUCAAGAGUUAAGAUUCCAUUAGACAGAACAUUGAGAGUAAGGGUUCUUUCACGCGAAGCCAACCUUACGAACGACGAAACAACGUCCUCCGUCGAAAACUCUUACGCUAGCUCGUGUAAAAAAAAGUUCUUAUUCUCGAUACUGACGCUUAAGGGUAAAAAUGUAUUACCGUUAUCUGUAAAUUGCCGAUCAUAUGCACAUAUUAGUAAAGGGUGCUGUUAAAAGUAUGAACUUUUUUUGUUAUUUUUGCGUGCACAUUUUCUGAAACACUAUGUAGAAUAAACGUUCACAACAAUUACGUUUCAGGCGUAUGUUGCACCCGAUGGAAGGUUUAAGAGAGAAAACCGAGCAGUUGAGUUUGCGAUUCCGCGAAUGAAAACAUAAACGCCGCCUUACAUUGUAUUUUCAUAUGAUAUAGGGUGAUUCGCUCGUCAGUGGACACGAAAGAAAUGUCUUUGCUUAAACGUAGCACCAAUAACCUAGUGUUUAUACAUAGUCUCUUGAAUAAUUAAACGAUCUAAAAAACUAGAAUUGUUAAUUUUUAAAUAAUAAUUUAUAGUUCCAUGCUGAAUGUUUUCUAUCUAUAUAAUAUAAUAACAGACUUAUCUCUAAUUUUAAGUUUCAUAAAAUUAAUCUCUCGAUAAAAUUUAAAUUGUAUAUCGAAUAUUUGUUGUAUCGUCCCAAUUGGUGGAAACAUUUUUGGUGAGACACCCUGUGUAUGAACAUUGGUGGAACGUUUAAACGUCGAGAUUUCUUUCGAAUCGAUCAACGAGCAAAUCACGCUAUAGAAGACGAUUACGCGGAUACGACCAUUCGUCGGGAGUUUUAAAAAGUCGAUCCGAUAAGUUUGUCGUGUUUGUAUCCUCGGGUCUACUAUUUGCCUGAACCUAAGCAAUCACGCGUUUCGAUGCAGAGAGCAUUUAGUGCUUCCGUACAGAACGAAGGUAUUCAUUGAUCCGAGCGUUUGUCGAUAAACUGAUAAUAGUGUCUUACGCACGUGCGGUACGGUACCGAUGCGACGGACUCGUGAUCUGCGUAUUACAAUAAUCGAUCGCGCGAAAUAAAAAGAGAAGAAAAAAAAAAGAAGAAGAAACGACACGGUACGGUGUUAGUAUAAAGGGUAUAUCGAUAAGGAGAAAGUGGACAGAUGCUACUGUAGGGAGAAAGAGAAGAGAACAUCUAUUUUUCACGAGAACGUCGAUCGUGAAAAUGUACAAUAAGUUAACUCUGUAAAUACGUCGCUCGUAAAUAUCUCAUCUAAUUAUAACGAUAUAUCGUUCGAAACGAUAUUAUAGGUACACGGGCAAGGAUUUCUGCUCCUUAAGAGAUACUUUUCUAAAUAGACAAGAAAGCGUUCAGACGAUUUCCUUUUCUUAGCGAAGUAAGCUCGAUUUCCACGCUUUACAUUAUAUAGAACGAACGAAUGCGAACGUCGAAAUAAAUAAACGACGACGAGAAUUAACAGCAACCAAAAGUAUAACAAAACACGAAAGAAAGAACGAAUAAUCGACGCGACUUUUGUAUGAAAACUAAAUUUAAAACUAAUUUUUUUCACGUCAUUCGCGUCACAUAGAUAUGUAAGACUAAAUAGCGUCGUCGCGACGUCAAGUAAAGGGAGAGCAGCGAUUGGAAUCAUUGGUACGCCUCGAGAAUGGAUGCAGGACGAGUAUCAAUCGAGGUCGAGCGAAGCAAUCCCAUUCCGCGCGGCGCCGAUGUGCAUUUAGGCCGGAGUUAAUAGCACGACAUGCAUGCAGCAAGUAUAAUAUUAAUGCGAACGGGUCUGUCCGUUUAUUUCUCGCUUUCUUUUCGCGAGCAAGGAGACGGAAACUGAAGAAAUCGGUAUUGGAACGGCCGUCCGUUCGCGAAACAACGGGAAACUCGAAACGCGUGGAAAACAUCUGCAUUGGAAUUGAGAGCGGGAUUUUUGUUCUUUCGCACAAAAAAAAAUACAAAACAAACAAAUGGUAUAAUUUUCGGGCGAAGAUACAACAAAUGGCCUAUAGAUAGGGGAAAAUCGUACUUUCUUUUUUUUUUUUUUUUAGGCGAAAACGACGGACUGUAUAGACUGUUAAAUUCUUAGGCGAGACCCGGCGGCGGUCGAACGAUGCGACGAGAAAAAGCAGAGCGGCGAAAGGAUUCUCGAUACAAGAAAGAGAAGUAGAACUCGCGUGCACGAUAAUUUAAGGAAAAAUAUUAACUCGCACCUGCACGGUCUUCUUUCCGCGUACAGUAAUGCUCGCGCGGCGACGACAACUGUAUUAUUAAAAUGUAUAAUAGACCGUAGCCCGUAAGCCGAAUACAAGGAACUGAUAUCGAUCAACGUUCUAUCCGAGGCGAUGCAGCCAAGUUUAUUUUCAUAGGAGCUUUAUAAACGGCCAAUCGAAGGGAAGCAACGCACCCCGCCGAACAAAAUAAUCGGUAAACUUUCGAUGCUGAUCGCGGGAAACGAAAGGAACUCGUCGCGACUCUUACGCCUAAAGAACGUCUGCUUAUUCAAGAAUUUCCAAACUUUAGUCAAUCGUGAUACCUUUUCUCAUUGUCAAACAUACAAGGAAACUAUACAGAAAAUUAAUCACCAGGAUCGGUUCAUUAUCCAAGACGAUUUUCUCUCGAGAAUGACAUAGAAACUGAAAGUCUGAAGGCUUCCUGGAGGAUUUCGUGCAAUCAUCGUCUCUUGAACGAAAUGUUCGAGGAUAUGUCGUGUACCGAUCGGCGAGUUUGCCGCGACGCAAGAACCGCGAAAGUAAAUUGACUGUAUCGCCUUACGCACGCAUGUAUCAUAAUAAAACGCACGAAUUACCAUGUGUCAUAUAUAUACAUAUAUAUAUAUACAUAUACAUAUAAAUAUAUAUAUAUAUACAUAUAUAUAUAUAUAUAUAUAUAUAUAAAUAACGAUAAUAAUUAAGUACCUUACACGUGUAAGCAGUAUCCAAGAAAAUCCGAACUAGUUGCACCAAGUGCCAUAGUCCAUAGGUCACAGUACGUUUAAUAUAGGAGGGAGACUCGUAGUCGUUGCCAAGGAAAAACAAAACGAAAAAUUAAGUUGAACCAGAACGUGGUUCGAAUGGUGGCGGCUAAGUUGCGUUCUUAACGAUUAUUGUUAAAGCGAACGCAAGACGUGGGGAAAAAGAAGAACAACAAUCAGCUAAAGAUCACGAGGAAGGAGAGAGGAAGUUUACGUAGUCCGUGCGACUCGAGAUUUCCGGUGGGCCGGUUUCGCCCAUCUCGAAGAACGUUUUAGAACUUACAGACACACCAAUAUGACAAUAUACUAUAAAAUUAAUUUCCGGUCCUGUUGCUCGGUUAUAACUACCCCCCACCCCCCCCAGACAGACUACCUUCAUCCACCCGAAAGGAUACAAAGUAAAAAGAAACUGCAGCCUCCGGACAUCCAUUACUGUACAUUUCGCCACGUUUAUUUUUCAACGCGUUAGUAUGCGAUUAGUCCGUGAUCCCGGCUCGCAAAAAUCCGUGCAUUUUAAAAGCGAAGGAGAGUGAGAGGUAGAGCGCGAGAGAGGGAGAGAAAGGGUAAAAACACUGUAAUACAUGGCCAAGGAUGGAUCGAACGUGGUGGUGCGUGUGACCUUUGCGAGACAUUAUCAAUUACCUUAAACGAAAAAUAAGAAAAAAAAAAAACUGUAGUA